UUUAAUUACAGAAUAAUGGACGAUUCCCAUUUCAACUCAUCAUACUUUGGUUCUCCCGUCCCCACUGUACAAGGACAGAUCGAGAACGCCAUGUUCCUGAACAAGGCGAAGGAGCAGCUAGGUCCAGAGAAGGCCAGUGCGCCCUCCUUUCCUCACUCUUCUGCGUCUUCCACCUCCUCCCCCCACUACCCCACGGCUGUGCUCGCCAUCCCUGGCUCAAUGGAUGGGGCUGGGGUACGUGUGGUCCCUAAACAGGAAGGAGGCGGAGGUGCUGGAGGAGGAGGAGGAGGUGGCAACAGCGGUGGUGGACCCCUGAGUGCAGUGGGGGCGCACCUACACCAGUCACACACCUCCCAGAACGUCACCGUCGUGCCUGUUCCCUCCACGGGAAUCAUGACUGCAGCGGGGUUAGUGAUCACCACCCCACAGGGCACACUGGUCCCCACCGCCUCCACGCAGUCUUUUGUAGCUGGACCCCCCACUGCCACCACCAUGAUAGUGUCUGCAGUGCACCCCUCAAAUUCAGAUAAGAAGGAGGACAUUGCGGUCCCCCCUGCUGUUGUCAUGCCGACACCGUCAAAGAGAGGCAGAAAAAGCAAACAGAUGAUGGGCAGAGUGACCGGAGUGGGCGGGGUCCUUCCUCCAGGAAGUGAUGCAUUAAUAUUGGCACACCUUGCUGCUGGUGGACAGCACCACACUGCUGACCCAUAUGAUCUGUCAAAUGAUGAGGAUGACCAUACCAACAAAGACGGACCCAAAUCCUACAGGUGUCGGAUGUGUGCAGUGACUUUCUUCAGCAAGUCAGACAUGCAGAUUCACGCCAAAUCCCACACCGAGGCCAAGCCCCACAAGUGCCCCCACUGCUCCAAGUCGUUUGCCAACUCCAGCUACCUGUCCCAGCACAUCCGCAUCCACAGCGGGGCCAAGCCCUACACCUGCACCUACUGCCAGAAGACCUUCAGGCAGCUCAGUCACCUACAGCAGCACACACGAAACCACACUGAGGCCAAGCCCCACAAGUGUCCCCACUGCUCCAAGUCGUUUGCCAACUCCAGCUACCUGUCCCAGCACAUCCGCAUCCACACCGGGGCCAAGCCCUACACCUGCUCCUACUGCCAGAAAACAUUCAGGCAGCUCAGUCACCUACAGCAGCACACACGGAUUCACACCGGUGACCGGCCCUACAAGUGUAACCAUCCCGGCUGUGAAAAAGCUUUCACACAGUUGUCCAACCUCCAGUCUCACCGUCGGCAGCAUAACAAAGACAAGCCGUACAAGUGCCACAACUGUAACCGUGGUUACACAGAUGCUGCCAGCCUAGAGGUUCACCUGUCCACACACACGGUCAAACACGCCAAGCUGUUCUCCUGUGGCCUCUGCAACCGCUCCUACACCUCGGAGACGUAUCUAAUGAAACACAUGAAGAAGCACAACCCCGACCCGUUAACAGUGGCAGCAACAGUUGCUGCUCAGCAGGCCCAGGGCCUUACGCCGGGCGGAGGAGGCCGGGGCCGAGGCCGAGGUCGGGGGAGAGGAGGCAGAGCGAGCCAGCUUCAAAGCCAGACGAACCCUAACAACACCAACCAGAAUCCAAACCCCGGCCCCCCAGGCAGCUACCAGCCACAGCAGCAGCCCGCAGAAUCGGUGGUCCCCUGCCCGUUUGAUCUACACCAGUACAAGACGGUGGCAGCCGGCGAGAUCCAGUAUAAACCAGUCACUGUGGCAGACCUGCCAGUGACCCACAAAGACCUCUGCCUAACUGUCUCCACGUCAGCGAUACAGGUGGAGCACAUGAACUCAUAGGCUGCGUCUUCCUGCUCUGAUUAGUUGAGUUAAAAGAGGUCCAUCAGUAAUUUAUGCAUUCAGAAUUCGAGCUUCUUAAAAUCAGGGAAAAACUGCUGAUGGGUGAAUUUCUGUGAUUCUGUUUUAAUGACACAUCAGCGAGUGUAAAAACACCAGUGUAUGCAAUACAAUCAAAGAUAGCAGUAAAUUUGAAUUUACCCACUUAAGAAGCUUUAAUCCUGAGUGCAGCAAUAAAUUACUUCCACAGAUACUCGUGCUUCUUGAUUUCUGAGCCCAUUUGCCAUCUCUCAGUAGAAAUGCUGGUCUGGGACCCUGACAGCAGCACCUAAGAGCUCAGGCUGGACCCACAUUCCUCCAUUUUAUGACGACUUUUCUAAAAAUAUAUCUGCUAAACUGUUUUGGCUUUUAAAUCCAUGCAUCUCCAAAGCAUCUGAGGUCUCAGUGCACUCUGAAUCACCUACAAACCUGCAGACCAGUCAUCAACUUUCCUGCUCUGUAAAACUAAUUCGAGACACUCAUCCUAAACCAGCCGUCCUGCUCUGAGGGAUCUUUGGAGGAGAAAAGUGUAACAUAGCUGUAAAAUGGAAGAAAUACGCUAUUCUUGGCGCACUUAAUCUCUAAAGAAUAGUGCAAAUUUGAAGACAUUCAGAUCACAUUAAUCUGAACAUUCAUCACUAUUUAGUUUGAGCCAAAACAGAAGAGGAGGAGUCAGUGAUGGAAGACUGCAGAGAUUCAUAAGAGCAUCUGAAACAGGAGGUUAGGGUUCACCCUGCAGAGGGAGUCAGAAUGUUUGAGCAGUAUGUGAAAGGCUCAGUCAGGGUGUCACAGUCAGCAUCAGAAACACCGACCUGGAUCAGACAGGAGGGAGCAGCAGGAAGAAGGUGCUGUGUUUGGGGCGUAAGCCUGCAGCUGAAGCUAAACGUGUACAUUUCACAGAUCAUGAUGUCCUUAUUUACACCCACCUCCCCUCAGAGGAGUCGACGUUUCCCAAAGUAUUAAACCAGAUCGAGAGCGCACUGAGGAACCAUGGGAGAGAAAUGGGGGUGGGAGGGGUCAUAACGAAAGCACUUGAUGAAACUUUUACUUCACGCCUACGUUUUUCAUCCUUUAUCUUUUUUUUGUAUAUCAUAUGUAUGUAUUUUUCUACCAACAGAGAAACGUGUGAACAAACAGGAAGCAGAGUGAGCGCAUGAAUGUGAUGGGAACAGAGAGAACAAUUCUAACAGAGAGAACAAUCCCAACAGAGAGCACAGUUCCAACACAGAGAACAGUUCUAACAGAGAACAGUCCCAAUAGAGAGAACAGUCCCAACACAGAGAACAGCUCUAACAGAACAGUUCUAACAGAGAGAACAGUUCCAACAGAGAGAACAGUCCCAACAGAGAGAACAGUCCCAACAGAGAGAACAGUUCCAACACAGAGAACAGUUCUAACAGAGAACAGUCCCAAUAGAGAGCACAGUCCCAACAGAGAGAACAGUUCUAACAGAGAACAGUCCCAAUAGAGAGCACAGUCCCAACAGAGAGAACAGUUCCAACACAGAGAACCGUCCCUACAGAGAACAGUUCUAACAGAGAGAACAGUUCUAAAACAGAGAGAACAGUUCUAACAGAGAACAGUCCCAACAGAGAACAGUUCUAACAGAGAGAACAGUUCUAAAACAGAGAGAACAGUUCUAACACAAAGAACAGUCCCAACAGAGAACAGUUCUAACACAGAGAACAG